AUGGUGACCCGAGAGCCCAAAGUCUUGACCUCGACGGCUCCAGCUGCCGUUGGCACGGUUGUGCAGUCCAGCCGCGCGAAAACCGAGCCGCGCUCGGGCAAGGAUAACGAUAGAGCGCCUGCCGGCGGGGGUGCCGAAGUCGGCUUGCCGACGGAACAGUCACCGCUGCACGCUACGAACUCCACCGCCAACGUGUCGACGGGAGAACGGAACGACCUGGCCGGGACGGCAAUUCCUCCCGAGAAUGACCCUGUCCCGGGAGAUGGCGGAGCCCCCUCGAUGGUUGGCGCCCGAAGGACAUCCGACGGAGGCGUCGGGUACGGCCAAGCGGUCAUGGCAGCGGCCCAGGAGCUGGCGCAGCAUUGCCAGAUCCCCGGGGUCAGCGAGGCGGCCACGGCGGUGUCGAUUCUGGUGCGCUUGGUCUCGGAUAGUCGCGACUACGCGGUCCGGGGCGACGCCGGGGUAAAGCGGUGCCGGUCGAUCGUCAUGAUGCUUGAGCUGGCGGCGAAGGUUCUCGGCAAGGGCGGCGACACGAACGGGGAAGCUGCGCAAGCCCUGAUGGAAGACGUACACGACGCGGUCUGCGAUCUCGUGGAGCUUAUCAAGACGUAUCAAAGCAAGAACAGGCUGUCCAACGUGUUGAUGUCGACCCUGUUCAAGCGGCGCCAGGACGAGCUGGACGCUGUGGUGGAUAGGGCCAUCCUGCGCCUGCACCUGGGCCUUCAGGUGCAAGUGGGGCACGAUGUUUCCGAGGCCAAGGAGGUGACGCACCGGCACAAGGGGUCUAUGGAGGAGGCCAUGUCGGAGCCUCUGGCGGAAGCCCGUAGCGCGAGGCGGCAGCGCAGGCUCGAUCAGCUUGCAAUCCCCGAGGACCACGUGCUUAUCACGGAUGAAGUGCUCGGGAAAGGGGGAUUCGGAGAGGUGUUCAUCGCAGACUACAACGGGCGCAACGCUGCAGCGAAGGUACAACACGUUGCGCAUGGCUUUGGCAGACUUGGCGAGGACGACCUGUUGAAUGGGGCAAGCAAAGGCGAGUCCCACACGCUUCAGCUGCAGAAACAGCGCAAGGCGUUCUUGCACGAGCUGGACGCCAUGGUUCGUCUGAGGAGUCCCCACACCGUUAACGUCUACGGGGCGAUCACCUCGCUGCUAAACCGCCCGGUUCUAGUUAUGGAGCUUCUCGCGGGUGGCGACCUCCGAAGCAUGUUGAAACGCGCUGAGCCUCCACUUCCCGAGGCGCAGUGUCGGCAGAUCAUCGGAGAUAUCUGCGCGGGGAUGGCCUUCUUGCACUGCAAGAUUGGGGACUUCGGUACUUCCAGAUGGGCUCAGAACACCGAGAACUCGACAGGCCUGGCGACGUACACGACGAAGACGGGACACGGUACCCACAUCAGCUUCGCAUGGACUGCCCCAGAGGUGCUGAAGACCAAGGCAGUCUCCAACGCGAGCGACGUCUACAGCUUCGGGGUAGUAGUUUGGGAGAUACUCACGAGACAGAUACCUUGGGCGGAACAAGCUCUACCCACGGACAUCUACCUCCGCGUCGUCAUCCGCGGAGAGCGUCCCAUUUCGAGGGUGAAGUGGUGGCAUGGUCUUUUGGAGAUGGUCCGGAUGUUCUUUGCAAUCAUGAUUUAG